AUGAUUGAUAUAUCCUCUAUUCCAAAUAUGAGGAAUCAAUAUUAAAAUGGAGCUGACAAUAUUAUGGCCCAAACUCAUAAUUUUAACCCAGUAACUUAAAAUGUAGAUAAUUUGAAGAAUUAAAAGUAAAUAGUGAUUAUAUAAUAGGCGAAACUUCAAUCUAAAAAUAGGUGAUAUUAUCUAUUUUAAAUCUUAUUUGAGUGAUGAUUUUAAAGGAGUAAUAUCUGGUGACGGAAUUGCAAGCAAUAAAUUAGAAUGUGUGUAAAUAUUAGGAAAAAAUAAAUUACAAGAUAUCUAAUCACAGAAAAGCUUAUAGUUUAAGGUAGGGAGCUUAUCUUUCUAAAAAUGUUUAUUUUAAAUAAUUACAGGAAAAAAAUACUUAUAUUAAAAUUAAUAUAAACUAUAAAGAGAGAAGCCUGUAGAUUCAAUAAGGGAUAUCGCUGUAGAUGAGACCUACCAGAAUGAAUUGGAUAAAUGGACUUCUGAUUAUGAUCAAAAAUUAGAAGAAUUUCAAAAAAAGUGUGAUGAGGAAAUAAAUGAGAAUGAGAGAUUAUACUAUCAUUUAUAUGGAUCUAAUAUUGUUUAUGGUUAAGAAAUUUAGCUAUUACAUAUAUAUUCAGGAUGCAAACUUUCUCUGAAUAGUGAUGUUCUAGCUAAGGAAAAUUGUUGUAGAGAAUUAUCCUUAGAGGAAAAAUCAAAUUAAUAUUCAAACUUUAGAAUUUUAUCAAUGAAUUCUGUAAAAAAUAUAGGUGAACCAAUAUUGUAUGGAGAUUAAAUUAUUGUCUAAAAUUGUAGUUAAUCACAAUGGAAUUUAAGUGUGCAAAUGCCAUCUGAUAAUGUUUAUAAGAAAGAUGGACUUGAAGUAAAUGCAUCAGAAUAAACUUAUCCAUUAAAAAUUUCAAGUUACAUUGACAAUAAAACAGAAGAAGAAAUUAAUAAAUAAUAAAUUAAGGGAAAGUAUUUACAGAGUGGUGACGUUUUAACCAUAAAGAACAGGUAUUUGGGAGGAUACUUGUGUAUUAAGAGAAUAAGAAGAAUUACUGAUGAAUUAGAUAAGAAAGAAUUAAUUAUAAAUGAUUCUGAAACUAAUAUAAAUUAUUCAAUCAAUCAAUAUUAUUUUGAUGUGGAUAAAAUAAGAAAUGAAAAAAUUAAUUAAAUGUAUUAAUUAUAUGUUGAUACUACAUAAGAAGCAGAUGAAAAUUUAAACUGUUUAUGGUAAAUUUAGCAUGUUGAUAGUUUAAUAUAUUAAAAGUCAACUUAUGAAAGUGUAUUUUUGAUAAGACAUGUUUGUACUGGAUUAUUUUUAUAAAUAACAAAUAAUGGAGUUGGAUUAACUUAUGAUGGAUUAAAGAUGGAAUGCCAAUUUAAUCUGAAAUCUAAAAAAUAAUCAAUUGAUCCAAUUUCUUAUAGUGAGACAUGUAAAAUAUAAUCAGCAAUCACCAUGUCAGUUGAUAAUUAUAUUGCAAAAGAAAGUGUAGUUUUAGUUUGCUAAGAUGAAAAUAAAGUUGCAGUGUAAAGAAAAAGUUAAAAAUAAAAUAUUGAAAAAGCAACUUUUUUAUUGAAGUCAACUUCUUAGGAACUCUAGAAAAUAUCAUUAAGGAUUAAUUCUCUUCAAGAAUAUUUAAUUUAGUUUUACUUAUUUUUAUAAAAUUGGGGCAUAGUGAAGCCUAUGUAAAAAAAUUAAGAAGAAAAACGAAAAUAUGAAUAUUAUGAAGCUUUCAAUAAUCAAAAAUUAUUAUUUGAUUAAAUAUUAUAACUAUUUCAAACUUUGGAUAAUUUAAAAAUUUAUUUAACAAAUGAAGGAAAUCCUUAAUCUAAUGAAUAAUAAUAGAGUAAUUAAAAGACUGUAAUGGAUAAUGAUAUUAUUAAUUUACUUUUUGCAAUUUUAAGAUUGUGUAAUUGUAUGAUCUAUGGAAACCUCAAAGACAAUACAAAUAUUAUUUAAGACAAAAGCCCUUAAAAAAUAGCUAAAAUGAAAUUAGAUCCAACUAUUACUUAAUCAAAAAAAAUUAAUUGCAUUUAAGAAAUCUAUUCUGUUUUGAGUCUUUGUGUUUAAAGUAAUCCAGAAACAAGCUAUUAUGUAUUAAGUUUGGAAAUGAAUAAAGAGAGUAUUUUAGAUUUUUUGCUUUAAUAAUUAAAGUAUUAAAGAGAACAUGUUUCCAAUCUAAUUAAAGAAAUUGUGCGUUAUACUGAUAUGAGUGAUACAAAAACUAGUUUAAAGAAAUGGGUUAAUGAACUCUAGCCAAUAACUGAAGAAAACAUUGAGGAUCAAGCAUUAUAUAUUGAAAUAUUAAGUUUGAUGAUGAUUGAUCCUUAUGAAAAUCCAAAUUCUUUUUGUUAAGACUCAUGUAGAAGAUUAUUAUUUGGAAGUAAAAAUUAAUCUGAUUAAUCUUUUCCUUUUUCUAAGGCUUUAAUUGCAUUGAAUAUUUAUGAAGAAAAUUAAAAUUAUUAUCCAUAUGUUCUAUUUUCUCCAAAAAGAGAAAAAGCCACACUAUUAUAAUUAUCACAUUAGUUUGGAGAAAAUAAUCCAACUUUUUGUCAAUUAUAUUUAAGAUUUGUUGAAAAAUAGAUCAAAAAUAGUUAAAGAUUUUAGGAAAAGAGACCUCCUUUGGUAGAUGUGACGAUUGAUUUCUUUACUACUGAAACAUUAAAGGAAAAUUAAUUGGUGAGAUAAGAAGAUUAUAAAAAAGUAGUACCAAUAUUUUUAAAAUAUGAAAAUUAUUUAAUGAACGUUAUGGAUUUAUAUUCAUCAUUAUGUAAGGGAAGAAAUUAAAAAAGUAUCAAAUGUUUAAUGAAAAAUUGCUUUUUAAAUGAAAAGUUUUUAGAAAUCUGUUUGAAAAGACAGAAAAAAAUAAAAACAGAACUUAGAUUUGAGAGAACUUUAAUAGAAUUAUUUUGUAAUUUAUAUUUAGAUAUUGAUCCAUUAAUAAAAAUUUCAUAGUUUGAUAACAAAUGCUAUUUGAAUGAUGAUUUAGAUUAAUUUGACAUUUAAAAUUAAUCAGGGAUUUAUUUUUAUGAAAAAAAUGCUUCAAAAUAAUUGAAACGAAAUGAAGAAUAUAAGAAAUUUUUAAAUUCAAAAGAAGCUAAAGCAGAACAUCAAUAUUUGAAAUUUUAUGCAUCUAAAAUGCUAUCUAGAAAGUAAAUAAAUGAUGUUAGAAUUUAUUAUUUAGAAAUAUUUACUUAAAUAGCUUAUCCAGAUCAUUUCAAAGUUUUAGAAUUUAAUAACAAUAUAUUUUAACCACUUAAAUUAAAUAUAGAAUAGAAUAAUAUUGACUAUAAAAGAUUAGCAAAUUAUUAAUUAAAAUAUUUUUUGGGAAUUAUGUAAAUAAUAAAAAACAGUAUUAAUUUAGGAUAUAAUUUUCUGGAUGAAAAUUAAAGGAUUUUUUCAAUAUUACCAAACAUUUUUGUUGCCUUAAUUUUACAAUAAAGAUAAGAUAGUAACAUUUAUAAAUUCAAAGAUAAUGAAAGUUUUGAAUCUAAUUUAUUAAAUUUAAAUUAAUCUAUUGAAAAUAAUCUAUGGGUCACAACCUAUUUACCAACUGCUUAACAAUUAUAAGAAUAAAGAAAAUAUAAGCAUAAAAAUUAAGAUAACGGUCGGAAAUAAUUUGAUUAAGUAAUUAAAUAAGAUAUUCAAUUUUAACGAAAUUGGAUUCUUUAAUUUUUGAUUUGGACAUUUUAAUAUUGUGAUGAUGAAUUAUUAAAAAUGAAAAUUUAUUUGGAAGGUCUUUAAAUUUUAAAAAUUUUUAGUCUCUUAAAAUUGAAUCUUUAAAUAUUAGAUUUCUUAUUUAGUAAAUAAUAAAUAAAUGAAUCAAAAUUUAAUUCACCAAGCUCUAGAGAACUUGAUUAAUUUGACUUUAAUGAAAUUCAAAACAGUAAUUAAGAAGAUUAGAUCAAAAGGUAAAAAACUCUAGCAUAGAAAACAAUAUUUAAUGUUUUUAAGGAACCAGAUGGCAAUAGAUUUAGUGCUUUAUUGUUUUGUUGUUUACUUUCAUCAGAAAAAAGAAAUAAAUUAAAUGAGGAUUUGCUUGAAAUUUUAAUUUAGAAUUUUCAAGCUCCGAAAAAUUCAAUAAAUGAAAUUAAAGAAGUUGAAAUUAUUGAUGAUUUAAUGGAAUUAAAAUAUUUUUCAAUAAUUAAUGGAAAUUCAAAUACAGUUUAGAUAAUUAGCCCUAAAGAAGCAUAAAUUUAAACUAAAAGAGCUAUUAAAUUCAUUCAAAAUACUAAUAGAAAAAUAAAUUCUUAAAAAUUUAUUUCAUCAUUUGAUUAAUUAAAACUCUAUUAAUAAAAAAUAAUUUAAUAAUUUGAAUAAUUCUUUAAACAAAAUUCUUAAGAAGUUUAAUACUUAAAAUCAUUUUAAAAUAUUGUUAGAAAUGCAGGAGUUCAUUUGGAAUUUCUAUAAUUUUUAGUAAAACCCAAAAGUGUGUGUAGUUCUCCUGAUAUUGUUUAAUUUUAUAAGAGAUUGAUUUUAUUUUUUGAAUACUUCACAAAGGAUAAUGAAACAAAUAUAGCAAUUUUAGCUUAAAAAGAGUAUUUGUAUAAACUGCUUGAUAUCAUUUAAAUUGAUCAAUUAGGAGCUGAAGAUUAGUAUUACAUCCCAAUAAAAGUUACUAAACUUGUAGUAUAAUUAAUAUCCACAAUUCCAAUAUGUGAACAUGAUAAUUUUAUCAUGAAUGUCUUUAGAAGAAUAAAAAAAUUAGGAGAUGAAUUAAUGAAAAGUUAAGAGUUUUUUAUGAAAGCAUUUAGUUUAAAAGAUGAAAUCAUUGAAAGGAAGAUCACUCCAAGGAAGUAAGAUUAGGAUGCAGUAGCUUAUUUUAGUUUAAUCCAAUAUUUAAGAAUAUUAAGAUGUUUAACCAAGACUUUUGAAAUUCCAGCUCAACAGUCUUAUGUCAAUAAACAUUUGAUUUUAAGUAACAUUUUAAAAAACCAAUUUUUGAGAAUACUACUAGAACCAAUAAAUUAUUAUAGCAAGAUAUUAGUUCCUGAAUCAGCAUAAGAAUAAUAAAAUGAUAAUUUACAUUAUUAUAGAAUUAAGUUACAUGCUUAGUUGAUAAUUCUAAUCACAUAAUGUUGUUAAUAAUACAGAUUAGGAAUCUAAGAAAUGUAAAGAAUAAUAUUAUACGAAUAAUUAAAAUCAAUUCUUUUGCAUUCAAAUUCUGAAUACAUUGUUAAGAGAGCCUAUUUAUAAUGCAUAUUUGAAUUAUAUAUAAAUAAAGUAAAAGAGAGAGAUUUUAGUAAUGAUACUGUUGAAAAUGAUGAAGUAAGAGACAUUUUAUCAAGAAUAAUAAUACCUGAAUUAGAUUAGAAACAAAUAUUUAAAUUUUUAGAAGGGUUGGCUAAAUUAAUAAAUUUAGAUUAGAAUAAAAAAGUAACUCAAAGGGAUUUGAGAGAAUAGAUAUAAAGAUAAAAAAGAAGUUAUUUUGAAAAUAGAUUAUCUAUAGAUACAGGAUCCGAUAAAGAAUUAGGAAUACUUAGAGAUUGUAGUGAAUUUUGGACAUAUUUAAGGAAAGAUGGAAUUAUUCACUUUUUAGUAUACACUUAUGAUGAAAUGAAGGAUAGAAUUGAUAUGGAAAAUCCUGAGAAUUCUAGUUUAUCAGAUGAAUAUGCAAUUAUUAAAUAGAAUGUUUAAAAAAUUAAAGAAAUAUUUAAUGUUUUGGAAAGAGACUUUAGAGUAAAAAAAGAAGACUUAGAUUUAGAUGAUUAUAGAGAAUUGAUUAUUUCAAUUGAAGAAAUUAUACCUCAAAGGAAAAUUAGUAAAUUUGGUAAAAAUUUUAGAAUAGGUUUUUUAUAAGGCAAAAAUACUGAUUAAUUAUUAUUUGAUAAAUAUGAUACUUUAUAAGCAGAUUAGAUUGGAGAAAAAAAAAUACAAGAAUAAGAUAAUGUAUAGAAGAUUGAAAACUAAUUUAGGAGAAACUUUAAAAUAUACUUAGUAAGAUAUAAAGUAAAUAUUUAAUAAUUUUGUAAUUUUAUUGAAAAAGAUGCUUCAGAAUUAAAUGAUUAAGAGAAAUUAAGAAAGAUUAUCAAGACUUGCAACAUUUAUAAAUAAUAUAUAUAAUUAGAAGAUAUUCAAAAUAUAUAUUAAUAAGAUGUUGCUCGUAUUAAAAAUUAAGAAUCGGUGUAAAAUAGAAAUAAAAUAUUUGUGGAUUGGGAAUUAUUUAAAUAAGCAAUGAGAGAAUAAUUUGAAAGAAAAUUUAACACAAAUCUUAUUACUUCUUAAUAGAUUUAAACAUAUUAACGUUAAUAAGAAAAUUUAGAUUGCUUGAAAAAAGACUUUUAAUUGGCUACAAUACGCUUAAUUGCAAAAUAUUAUAAAAAAUUAGGAGGACAGCUUGAAUUAAAUGGAAAUUUAAUCUCUGAGGAUGCUUAAAUAGAACUAAUGAUAAAAUCAUUAGAGAAAUAAUAAACCAAUUUAUUUAGUUUAGAUAAUUUAAAAGACUUUUUGAAAAAAUGCUAAGAAAUAUUUUUAAAUAAAGAAAUUUAUUUAAUUAAAUUAUGCAGAAUAUUUUUGUAGCUUAAAAGGCCUACUCAAGAUGAGAUAGAUUCUUUGAUUGAAGCAAAAGAUGAAGAAUCUAAAUUAGAAAUCAGGGAAAAAAAGGAAAUAUAUAUUAAAUUUUAAAGGGCUAUGGCUGAUGGUUAACUUGAUAUUCUGGCACUAGAAAUUUUGAAUUAAACUGAUGAUGAUCAAUAAAAAAUUGAAGCAUUGACAUUUUUAAUUCAUUUAUUAGAUUUUGGAAAUGAAUACAUAUAGAGAAAAUUUUAUAACUUGUUAAAGGAAGAAAAUGUGAAAUAACAGUUUCUAGUAUUUUUAAGAAGAUUCUUCUUAACUGAUUUAGAUAUAAGAAUUAAAGAACUAGAAUUAGCUGAAAGUGAUAAUACUUAAUAUAAACUACUCUGCCUUAAGGUAUUAUAAUUACUAUAAGCUUUGUGUGAAAAUGUUAACAUGGAUUUUUAAAGAUUUUUAGUAUAAUAAUAUGAUGAUGAUUCAUAUUAAGCUAAUAUUAAUAUUGUUAAUGAAGUUGCUAGUUUAUUAGCUGAUCUUCUAGAAAAAGGAUAAAAAGUAUUUUAUAAAUUGUAAGAAAUAUACAGAUAAGCUUUAGAAAGUUUAGUUGAAUUUUCUACAGGUUAUGUUGAAAAUAAAAAGGAGUUAUGUAAAAAUACAAGAUUAUUUACUUUAUUAAAUUCAAUAUUGCAAAAAUAGGAACUUUAAAGUUUUUGUUAGCUUUAUGAAGAAAACAAAAUGAUUUUAAAGGAAAGACAAUAAGUGAAUUAAUCAUUAGAUGAUGACAUAAUGAUGGAUGCAAGAGGAAUUGGUUCUGAUGAAGGGAAAAAAAAUUAUGCUUUAUAUUAAACAUUGUAAUCUUUUAUCAAAUUACUCUUAUUAUUGACCUAAGGAAGAGCGGAUCUUUAAUCAUUAGAAUUCAUUAAAGAUACUGUUAAUAUUACUUUUUUGAUAAGAAUAGCAAAAUCUAUUUAUGAAGAAAGAAUCAAACCAAAAUAAAGAAACAUAAUUUUAGAUAAUAUUUGUGAUGAAUCAGAAACAGGAAAUCAUAGAUAUUGCACUAAUAGUUUAUGUCAUUUUGGAUUAAGAACAGAUGAAGACAAUAUGUUAAUACAAACAGGAUUUAAUAUAUUUAUCAUAUGUCUUAAAUUAUCAGAACAUUUUUCAGAUGAUUCUUAAUUGGAAUUAUUCAAAUUUGAUGAAGAAUAAGAGGAAUAACAAGAUCUUUUAGAUUUAGAUGAUUUUCAAGUAGAAGAACUAUAAAAAAAGAAAAAAAUAUCAAAUAAAUAAAUUUUACCUUUAAAUUAAAGAAGCUAAUUUGAUUAUAAUUAAGAUGAAGUUGAUGGAUUGUUGGUGAAAGAUGAAUCAAAAUUUAACGAUUUAAGCUUUAAAAAUAUUUAUUUGAAUAUUAAAAAUAACAAAAAUUAUUAGUUCACUAGAGUCUAGAGAUUCUUUAAAUUUUAUAGAAAAUUUACAGGAAGAAUAGAAAUACAAAAUGAAAACUAUUAAUUAGAAAAAGUAUAUUUUUAAAAACCAUUUGUUUGUAACUUUAUUACUCCAAAUAUAAAACAACAUUUGAUAUAUGAAAUCGAUAGAGAAACGGAUGAAGAUAGAAUGUUUGGAUUAAUUGAGUUUUCUGAAUUUUAUCAAGUUCAAAUGAGACACUCUUAAUAAAUUAAUAAUAGAAAAGCAAUGCAUUUUGGAGCUGUCUAUUGGAGAUUAUUAAAGGAUAUAUCCUUCAUUUUGUGUCUAAUUAUUGUAGUUUUACUCAUAUUUAUGCAUGAUACUGUAAUAAAUAGCAAAAUAGGAUCCAAUACUUAAGCACCUGAAGAUUAAAAUAUAACAUCUGGAGAAACCUUUGUUAGUUAUUUAAAUAAUGUAUAGAUUUCUUAUUCUAUAUUAGAUAAUUACUAUUGUUUAGUUAGUUUUAAAUCUAAUUAUAGUUUUCUUUUGUGCCAUUGAAAGAUAUCCUAUUUCCAUUACAUAUAACAGAGGACAGACAAAUGCAAAAAGAGUUCAAAUAUUAAAAAAAGAAGCGGGAUUUUAGAUUUCAUGGUUGACGAUGAAAUAUUAUAGUUUGAUAGGAUAUUUUGAAUCAAAAUUUUAAGAGGAUUAAGUGAAUGAAAGUGUAAUAAAGAGAUUAAUUUUGGUUAUAUUUUUUGACUUUGAUAAUUUCUAUAAUGUAAGAUAUAUAUUUAUUAAUAAUAAUAGAUUUGCAUUUUUGGUCUAACCGUAUAUGCAUUCUUUAAUCCUUAUAUAUAUGCUAUACUUUUAUUAGAUAUCAUCAAAAGAUCUGAGGAUCUCUAAAAUAUCAUAAAAUCAAUUACGUCAAAUGGUCAAAAUUUAGCUAUAUUUUCCUUCUUAGGAUUAAUUGGUUUAUUAAUCUAUGCGAUAAUUGCCUUCUCUAAUUUUGACUAGAUGUUUGAUGAUGAAAACGGUGUUUAUGGCAAUACCUUUAUACUUGCUGUUACUUCAACAAUUAAUUUUGGAUUGAGAAAUGGUGGAGGUUUAGGAGAAUCUUUGACUAGUUAUCCAGAUGCUUAUGAGGAUCCUGCUUUAUAUUGGGGGAGAUACUUCUUCGACUUUACUUUUUUUAUCAUUUUUAAUAUCCUUUUUAUUUAAAUCAUAUUUGGUAUCAUUUUGGAUACUUUUGGCGAAUUAAGAGAUGAAAGAUAAGCUUUGGUUAAGGAAAUUGAAGGCAAGUGCUUUAUUUGUAGCCAGGAUAAAAAUGAUAUUGAUACAAAGUAAAACAUUUAUUAAUCUUUCCUUUAGAGGCACAAAAGGUUGGCAUUAUCAUAUUUACUUGGAACAUAACGUAUAUCAUAUGUUAUAUUACAUAAUUUAUAUUAAAAAUAAAGAUCCAAAUGAUUGUAACUCUUUGGAGAAAUAUUUAAAAAAAUGUAUUCAAGAAAAAAAAACAAAAUUUUUCCCUUUUGGAAGAGCGCUUUAAAUAGAAGAAUAAGAAGGAGAGGAAGACUAAAUAGAUUAAGAAUGAA